CUUGCAAAUAAAAGGGGCGCGUUGACCAAUGUUCCUGACAUCAACAGCUCGAGAAUCCACCAGUGCUCACCGAUCAACGCCUACUCGUCAUGGACUGGGAAAAGAAGAUGCGACCUGUUUUCGACAACAUUGAUCUGGACAAAAGUGGCACCAUCACUCAGGCCGAGUACGCGGCCUUCCUGGAAAGGAGUGGCAUGCAGUAUGACGCUGCCAACGUGAACGCUGACAUGGACCCCAUGGACGCAGACAAAGACGGCAAGAUCACCUUCGAAGAGUUCGUGAAGUUCUACAAGGCGGACUACGAGAAGCACCACAAGUGAACUCCAAGGGCGUGUGGGCAGGGUUCACGGGUUGCUCUUAGGUUUAGGCUAUGAAUACUACUGUCUGAUUAGUCGUCACGACUGGUACCACCCCUACCACUAAGUGUUAAGCAUAUAAUGAUUAACUGUUUCAUUCAAAUAAUUCUUACCCUUUCAAUUCAUGCCUCGAAUUGUACAUGCAAAAAUCGAUUAUUUAAAUGUUAUUGCACAUUAUUUGCAAACAUUACCUCUCGGCGAAUCAUGCAAAUCAGAUAAUACAAACGAGACGAAAGGCAUUACAAAUUAGACCUAAUUUUUUAAAAUUCUUGAAUAGAGACCUGAAAUGGUUACAAUUUACCGAAUCACACGGGAGGGUAAUUGUUACAUGCCUACGGAUCAAACGACUGCUACUAUACACAUAUAUUACUAUUGUCUGACACUUGAUAAUUAGCUCCACCACAAAGUAUCGAUUUAAAUGUACUGUGCUUUUACUAUGAAUGCUUUUCAAAUAACAUUUCAGAUUUACUUCUGCUGGAUAUACUGCCACUUAUAUAGUAAAUUGCAUGAUGACACAGGCUCCUAUAUGGCAUAAUACAUCAAUCAAUUAUGGAAUAUACACCUCAUGCAUUCGCUCACUGUGGUACUCACACCUAGAAUCAAUCACGACUGCUCCUAUAGGGAUCCUAUUGCAUGCAAUGUGUAUGCUCGUUUUGCUUAUGCGCUUUAUGAAAAAUGUGGGGCUGCAUUUCAGUGCGGGGGUGUAUAUUAUGCAAGUACGGUUCUGUGCAAAUACAGCUCGAUUUUCUGAUCCAUGGUUUUCCCACGUGCAAUGGUUACAAAGAAAUAAAUGCUGCCUUGCAUAAACCAAA